CAGAGGGAUUACACACUUUACAGGAGACCAUUUCAGCAGCGGCAGCCAUGGUGGACGCAGCAGCAGCAGAGCAGUUCCUGGACGCCAACCCGCAGUUUGCGAAGCAGUACUACGACAUCAACUUCCGCCCAAAAGUCAUCUCAGACCUGCUGGACAGCAACCGGAAGGUGGCGGUGGACUUCAGCAAGUUCCACAACCUGACGAUGGUGGAGGAGAGCGAGGUGCUCUUUGACCUGGUGCGGGACAUCCAGGACAACCUGCAGAUGGAGAAGUGCAUCUUCAACCUCAUGAGACACCUCAGCUUCAUCAUGAGGGCCGACCGCAUGAGUCUCUUCAUGUACCGACAGAGGAAUGGAGUCGCUGAGCUGGCAACCAGGUUAUUUAAUGUCCACACAGAUGCAGCCUUUGAAGACUGCCUGGUGCCUCCUGACAGUGAGAUUGUGUACCCGUUGGAUAUGGGCAUCGUGGGCCAUGUGGCAACGUCCAAAAAGAUGGUCAACAUUCCUGUAGUGUCUGAGAGCCCUCAUUUCAGCAACUUUGUGGAUGAGCUGACAGAGUACGAGACCAAGAAUGUGCUCGCCGUCCCCAUCAUGAACGGUAAAGACAUGGUGGCUGUAAUGAUGGCCGUCAACAAGUUGGAUGGGCCUCACUUCACCGCCAAGGAUGAAGAGAACUUAAGCAAGUACCUGAACUUCGCCAACCUGUUCCUGAGAGUUUUCCACCUGAGCUACCUGCACAACUGUGAGACCAGGAGGGGACAGGUGCUGCUGUGGUCGGCCAGCAAGGUGUUCGAAGAGCUGACGGACAUAGAGAGGCAGUUCCACAAAGCCCUGUACACAGUCCGGGCUUUCCUCAACUGUGACCGCUACUCUGUGGGUCUGUUGGACAUGACCAAAACCAAGGAGUUCUUUGACCUUUGGCCAGUUCUGAUGGGAGAAGUUCCUCCAUAUGAUGGACCCAAAACUCCUGAUGGAAGGGAAAUAGUCUUUUACAAGCUGAUUGAUUACAUCUUACACGGCAAAGAGGACAUCAAAGUCAUACCGAAUCCUCCAGCAGAUCACUGGGUCCUGUGCACUGGUUUGCCAACCUAUGUGGCAGAGACCGGACUGAUCUGCAACAUAAUGAAUGCUGCUGAGGACGAGUUUUUCAACUUUCAGAAGGAGCCUCUGGACGACUCCGGCUGGACCAUUAAGAACGUCCUGUCCAUGCCUAUCGUCAACAAAAAAGAGGAGAUCGUGGGUGUGGCCACGUUCUAUAAUAGGAAAGAUGGGAAACCCUUUGAUGAAAUGGAUGAAACACUGAUGGAGUCUCUGACCCAGUUCCUUGGCUGGUCCAUGCUGAACCCUGACACCUACGAUAAGAUGAACAAGCUGGAGAACAGGAAGGACAUCUACCAGGACAUGGUUAUGUACCACGUGAAGUGUCGCAAGGAUGAAAUCCAGCAGAUUCUGAACACCAGGGAGAGAUGGGGGAAGGAGCCCGACGAGUGCGAAGAGGAGGAGCUCCAAGAGAUCCUGUCAGAGGUCCUUCCAAACUCUAAGAAAGCUGAAAUCUUUGAGUUUCACUUCUGCGACUUUGAGCACAGUGAACUGGACCUGGUGAAAUGUGGCAUCAAGAUGUACUACGAGCUGAAGGUGGUGGACAAGUUCCACAUUCCCAGAGAGGUCCUGGUGAGGUUCAUGUUCUCGCUCAGUAAAGGCUACAGGAGGAUCACCUACCACAACUGGAGGCACGGCUUCAACGUCGGACAGACCAUGUUCACCCUGCUCAUGACAGGUGAUCUGAAGCGUUACUACACAGACCUGGAGUGUAUGGCCAUGGUGACUGCCGGCUUCUGCCACGAUAUCGACCACAGAGGAACCAACAACCUUUACCAGAUGAAGUCUGGUAAUCCUCUGGCCAAACUUCACGGCUCCUCCAUCUUGGAAAGACACCAUCUGGAGUUUGGGAAGACGCUGCUGAGAGAUGAGUCGAUGAACAUUUAUCAGAAUCUGAACCGCCGCCAGCAUGACAUCGUUAUCCACCUCAUGGACAUCGCCAUCAUUGCCACUGACCUGGCUCUCUACUUUAAGAAGAGGACCAUGUUCCAGAAGAUCGUGGAUCAGUCAAAGACCUACGAGAACUGGGCCGACUGGACCAAGUACAUGAUGCUGGAGACCACACGUAAAGAGAUCGUCAUGGCCAUGAUGAUGACUGCAUGCGACCUGUCUGCCAUCGCCAAACCGUGGGAGAUUCAGAGCAAGGUGGCGCUGUCUGUAGCUGCGGAGUUCUGGGAGCAGGGAGACCUGGAGAGGACAGUCCUGGAGCAACAGCCCAUUCCAAUGAUGGACAGAAACAAAGCUGAUGAGCUUCCAAAGCUGCAGUGCGGUUUCAUUGACUUUGUCUGCUCUUUUGUGUACAAGGAGUUCAGUCGUUUCCAUGUGGAGAUCACCCCCAUGCUGGACCGCCUGCUGAACAACAGGAAGGAGUGGAACGCCCUGAAGGAGGAGCACGACGCCAAAAUGGCAGCACUGGAGGAGGCCAAGAAAGCCAAGGAGGCAGGGGCUGAGAGAGCUGCAGCAGCCAGACAAGCAAGUGCAGCCCAGUCUUCAAAGACUUGUUCUCUCAGCUAGAGAUGCUACAGCAGUACCAAGCUGCAUGCAACAUUAUUGUGGUCCAACACCAGCCUCCCUCAAAGAUCUUUACUUUUAUUUCCUUUGUGAACAGUUCACUCUGAGCAAAUAUCUCACUGUAAGAAUAGUGUCCAACUGUUGCAAGCUCUGAUAUCUAUCCUUCUCUCUUUUCCUGUUCCCUUUAUACUGCUUUCUCCUGUCUAAACAUGAAAACUGUGUUGCUAAUUUGAUGCACUUUGAUUUCAGACUGUACAGCUGUUUUUAUGAAACUUCACUGUCUAAUGCUUCAGCCACAGUCUAACAAGAACACCAGAAGACAGUAUUACAGGCUGCUUGUGCAUUUUUAGAGGCCUUUAGAUAAAUUUACACUCCCGAUCAAAAUCUUAAGACCAGUUGAAAAAUUGCAAGAAUUAGCAUUUCGCACUGUUGGAUCUUAGGAAGGUUCUAAGUAGAGCUUCAAAAUGCAAAAAUAAGAAAUGGGAGUGAGACAGAAAAAAAAUGAGUAACCAAUUUAUUUUAAAAAAAAAAAUUAAACUGAAGGCUGUUCAUUAGCUGAUCAAAAGUUGAGGACCAUAGCUCAAAAAACACUGAAAACCCUCUCAAAAAAUCGUUUGGGCGUGCUUGAUGCAAAUGUUUCCAGGAGGCUAGUGGGAACGUUGCUCCAAGUGGUGAAGAUGGCUUCCUCCGCCAGGUUAAAACAUUCUCUUAUUUGAUUAGCAGUUAGGUUAGACUUCAGCAUUACAUUGGCUGGAAACAACAGAUAAACAGUGCUUACACAUAUUUGUCCAUGCAACAUUAUUUGCUGAUGGCUGAUGUUUGUCAACAAGGCUCAUGUAAAUACCGGUGUUGAACCAUUGCACUGAUGCAUCCCAACAGUUACAAUUUUUGCGGCAUUUCUGCAAAUCUUACUUACAGACCUGCAGCUGCCCAUGCAUGCUAUGCUCUAGAGCAGUUGUUCUCACCAGGACUCACCAUCAAAUCCGUCAUGAAAAAUUAGAACCUUAGAUUCUGAAAAUUAUCAACUAAUCAGAUCUUCAAUUUCCACAUACAGUGGCUGCAUUGCGAUCUGCCGUUAAAGCACGCUGCAGAGAAAUAGUUCUUCUUUGUUCAAUCAGAGCACUUACACAGCCCACCCUCAGCCCAGUCCGGCACAUCCCUGAAGCACCACUCUGCUCUGCUUUGUUGGAGAUACACAGCAGCCCUAUUUUCAGUGCUGGCCGCUGUCAAACUGCACAAUUCCACAUAGAGCAGACCGAUCGAAACUGCCAGAAAAACAUGCAAAGUAUCUGGUUGACUUCAAAUUACAACACAAUGCACAGAAUCCCCAUUGUAAAUCAUCACUAUAUCAACAUUAAAUUUCAUCCUGUAGCACAAGCAUAAGGUCAUUGGGAGUUCAGUGGGUCCCAGAGCUUCAACGGCACUAUUGAUAAGGAAAAGUUAACUUUUGAGGUGGAAAACCAAAGAAUUUUACAUGGAAACACAGAUUCUUUGUAGCAACCAUUAACCUUUAACUUCAUAAUGUACUCACCCUUGAAAGCGAUAGAAUCAUGGAUUCAUGCCAAAAUUGAUAUCAAAUCAACCCCAAAAAGGAGCAUAAUCUGCUGUUGACAUGCUGUUCCCGUGUGAACUCUUUCUCCCAGCUGAAAAGUCUGCUUCAUUCCAUUUACAAGUAUACAGUAUAAUACUGAGACAUGCACUUUCAUGACUCCAAGUGCAGCCACAGUUAACACCCCCAAUAAUGCAACUAGAAUUUUUGUUUGCAUUCAGAGUACACUGCUGGCCACAUGGCCACACACUAUGCACACAACCCUUUUCAUUACACAGCUAAAAACUGUGUUUUAUACAAGUUCAUCUUAUUUCCAGAUUUUUGGAUCUUUGUUUAACAGAGUGCAUUCCCACUCCUUACUUUGCAACACUCUCAAUAUCAACUGCAGCAGAGUAUUACAGCAGAGCAUGAUCUGAUGGUCCACACAUAAAUAGUUUUAAUACAUACUUAUUUGACAUUUUCAUUAUAGAAUGAUAAUCUAAUAUGUUAUUGUCAUUUUCCAUACAUGUGUAGACACACAUAUUUUGACAGAAUUACUGUCAGACAGAAUUUAUAUCCUUGUAACAAAAGUAUAUAUUAGUUGCAUAAAUUCUGCUUAUACAGAAUAUUUUAUGUUCUAAAGUUUUAUUUUUAUCAGCAGGUUUUGUGCUGCUCAGUACAGUUGUGUACUUUAUAGAAACUACUAAGUGUGCUUAUCGGACUGUUUUUUCCAUAACUUUCAUGUCAGUCUCUGAAUGUAGGGCUUAUUGCAAAAGCUUGCAAAUCCUGUCAGAUUGGGAACAUUUACAUAUUAUU